AUGAACGUGAAGGGAAUCAUGGAUGGUAAUAAUCUUGGAGCUGGAAACACCAAUUGGGUUGCCAAGCAAGAUGCCAAUGAUGAUGAUGAUAUAAGCGACUCGAUAUCCAUUGGAUCAACCACGGAAGACUCAAUGAACUCUGUGUGUUCAUCUUCAUCAUCAGAUUUGGCUGAGGAGGCAUCAUCCUCUUCAACAUCUUAUUUGUCAACCUCCUUCUCAUCUUCCUUAUCUCAUUCAAACGGCCCUUUGUUUGGACUAUCAGAGCUAAUGAAUCAACUUCCCUUAAAGAGAGGGUUGUCCAUGUUUUAUGAAGGGAAGGCUCAGUCUUUCAGUUCUCUAGCUAGCGUGGAGAGCAUAGAAGAUCUUGUGAAGAAAGAGAGACCUUACAGGAAGAAAAUGAAAUCAUGCAAAAGCUUCGGGGGAGGGUUGGAUAAUCACAGAAUAUCGUUCACUCCAAAGGCUACAAUUUCAAAGAAAGCUUCUAGUGGAACUUUUGUAUCUGUGCUAACCAAAAGAGGGAGUUUCCUUGGAGGAUCCAGAACUUCCUUUGCUGUACACAAGAACUUCUGA